AUGUCUAACAUCAAAGUGGAACUUGUCAACCAGCUACCGUUCCCUGCCAUCACAUUCUGUAAUUUAUCACCGUACAAGAGAUCUUCACUGAGACCUGAUGCAGCGAUGGAACAUUACCUUCUUACGAUAAGUAGGAUGACAAAUUUUGUACCUCCCCUAGACUAUGACUACCCAAUAUAUAGUAACUUGUCGCUCCCCCUACCGGACGAAUGGAUACACAACGUUUCAUUCACUGUCAAUGACCUAUUCUACGCAUGCGUCGACAUGCAAAAUGUCAUGUUAAACUGCAGCGAGGUUCUCACCCCAACGCUCACUGAGAUCGGCUUGUGUUUCACAUUUAAUAGUGAAGAAUACAUAAGAAGUCAUGGUCCGCUCGUAACGAGCACAACCGGAAGUGCAAAGUCUCUGGCGUUUUACACCCACAUAGACCAAGACGAGUACGUUUACAACGAUAACCUAGCAGCUGGAAUGAAGAUAAUUGUCCAUGACCCUAACGAGGAACCCGACACCGAUCAGGGUUUCUUUGCCUCCCCGGGUUUCUCGGUCUACGCCUCCCUCACUCUUACCAAGUACAAGUACUUACCUUACCCAUACAAAUGCGCGGGUGGUCGCUACUGUCUGGACACUGACGUGGAAGGUUUUCAGAGUCCCUUGAGAUACCAUGACAUGUACAGCCGCAACGCCUGUAUAAGGGAGUGUAAAUAUCGCUACCUAGUCAGGAUGUGUGGCUGUCAGGCUCCUACAGACACCGGCCCGGAGAGGACCUGUACAUUUCGGGAGUAUGCUGAAUGUUAUCGUCUUCAUAACCGAGGUGGCUACCUACAAAAUAUAGCAUUCCAGCAGACGUGUCAGUGUGACCUUCCAUGUGAGUUCAACGUGUACGGCACAUCGGUUACAUCCGGGUACUUCCCCUCCAAGAUUAAUGAAAUAUUUUUGAACAACGCGGGCUUCGAAAAUUUGAGGUAA